AUGCCAGGCACAGGCACAGGAAGCGGCGCAGGCACUGUGACAGGCCCACGACAAGACAACAAAGGGCAGCGAUCGUGUUUCAGACUGGCAUCCAGCGGUAUUCUACCAGAGCAUGCACGAAUGCGCAAGCAGAUCGUGGGUAUCAAUCGCAAUGCCAAGCGCGCGAGGGUUGAUCUUUUUGUUGUCUGA